AUGGACAAAUACCUGCGGCUAUGGCGACAGGAUGCCCUCAACAAGGGCCAGCAUGAAGCAGCCAUCUAUAUCGGUGACAAGGUUCUCGCUCUGACCAACAGUGACAGCGACGCCUUCUGGCUGGCUCAAGUGCACUUUGCUCAAAACAAUUUCACGCGAGCGCUUGCUCUACUGUCGAGGAAGGAUCUGAUACAUCGAAGCCUGUCCUGCCGGUACUUAGCUGCUCACUGUUACAUCAAACAAGGCAGAUAUGACCAAGCCCUCACGAUACUUGGACAAGACAACCCCAUCCACCUCAUCACGACCUCUCACAAUGCCAGGAGGAAACUAGCCCAUAUAAAUGGCCACUCGUCGAAGAAUAUUACACAGCGAGGGGUCAGGCCUCAAAGAGAGAGGAUAGAGCUCAGUGAAGAACGAGAGCGGGACCGAGAGUCAGAGAAAGAGCUGAAAUUCCAGGCCGGCAUGUGCUAUUUACGUGGCCUGUGUUUUGCGAAACGGAAUGCCUUUGAUCGGGCACGAGACUGCUACAAGGAUGCGGUCCGAAUAGACGUUCAGUGCUUCGAAGCAUUUGAUCAGCUCAUGAAGAACUCCCUGAUGUCCCCCGCGGAAGAGUUGGCAUUUCUUGAAGAACUGGACUUUGACUCGAUACGUAUUGAAGACCAGUCCCUUGCUCAGGAAGCUGCUCAUUUCACCAAACUCCUCUAUACCACUCGCCUGUCAAAGUACUCGGCGCCCGCGACGCUUGCAAACGCCACUGAGACUCUGUCUACUCACUACAACCUUGCGUCCAACCCAGACUUGCUCCUUACUCGGGCAGAAACAUUGUACACUCAAUGCCGCUUUCACGACGCCCUUUCUAUCACGACAAGCAUACUCAAUUCCCAGAACAGCUCUGACGGCGCCGUCGGCUCGUCCUCAAGCAGCACGAAUGCCUCUCUCGGGCACAGCCCUCGCCUUUACCCCUUACACCUUGCUGUUCUCUAUGAAACAGGGUCCCACAACACCCUCUUUCACCUUUCUCAUACCCUGGCGACGCAUGCUCCACACGAAUCCUAUACGUAUCUGGCGAUCGGCAUAUAUUAUCUGUCUACUUACCGCAUUGCCGAAGCCCGCCGAUUCUUCUCGAAGGCAUCCUUGAUGGAUCCACAUUCUGCAGCGGCCUGGAUUGGGUUUGCUCACACUUUUGCUGCUGAGGGGGAACAUGAUCAGGCCAUCGCUGCAUACUCCACCGCCGCCCGAUUGUUCCAAGGCAGUCAUCUCCCUCAGUUAUUCUUGGGGAUGCAGCACCUCGCUCUCAACAAUAUGCAGCUGGCGUGGGAAUACUGCUUGGCGGCUUUCGAAAUGAGUAGUGGGGCAUUGAGAACUGGCCCCAAUGACGACCUUGGUAAUCGGAUCUUCAGCAACAGCGCCAGUCUCGGCGGCGAUCCUCUAGUACUUAACGAGAUCGGCGUCAUUUUAUAUCAUCAAUCGAACCUAACAGCCGCCGCAAAGUUGUUUCACAAGUCUCUUCAGCUGGCUUCAGAGUUGGGCUGCAAUAUGACUGCAUGGGUGGCUACUAGAGCAAAUCUUGCACAUUCACUGAGGCGGAUGAGCAGAUUUGAAGAAGCUCUGUCAGAGUUUGAUGAAUGUCUUCGAACAGCCACGGGUGGGGCUGCUCCCGCGUCGGCAUAUGAGCCGGGACAUGGCAUGAGCGCCUUUGCCCAUCUGAGUCUCGCGGGAACCAGCACAGGGCUCAGUUCCACUGGUGCAGCCAGUGGCUACGAUGAGCGAAACCUCAUUGGCAGCAUUCAUACCAGCCGAGGCUUGGUGUUGUUGAGUCUGGUCGGCCGUACCAAGGACGCAGUAAUGGCUCUCCACGAAGCCGUACGCGUGCUUGGCGGAGACGCUGGCGGAGGCGGCGUUGCUGGGACUCUCCUCAGUCGCGCUAUGGAAUUUUGGUCGCUUGAGGAAGAUCAAAACUCUGAGGAGCUGGAAGACACCACACGGCAGGGGCCUUUGGGACCCCCAGCAGCGAAGUUCGGGCCGCGAUCGCGGCGGAGAGGGAAAGAAGCUGAUACUGGUCCGACUUCGACGAGACACACGAGCAACGAACAGAGAAUUGAGCAACGAAUGGAUGCGCAUGCUGAUGAGAUCUUGGAUGCUGCUUUGGGCGCUGCCAGAUGA